UUUUUUUUCUCUCUCAUUGGUAUCAUAACCUCUAAGCUGUUGUCAACGCAUCUAGGAACCAGCUGCUCGGUUUAAGAGUCUAAGGCCGGAUGGAAGUGAUGAAAAAAGCCCCAUUGCUAAAAUCUUGUCUAACGUCAGCUAAUCUCAGGGUCAAGGAAUGACCCUCGCCGCGAUGGCCGGACUAGCGACGUCGGAGAUCUGCGAGAACACCAAACUAGCCCGGGAGAUGGCCGUCAUGGGCAAUUACGAUUCCGCUGGGAUCUACUACGAGGGUGUGCUGCAGAUGUUGCGAAAACUUCUGGUCGGCAUCUCGGAACCGAUACGCAAGGGCAAAUGGACACUGAUUCAACAAGAGAUCAACAAGGAAUACAAUCAGAUGAAGUUGAUUCAGAAAACGUUGGCAGAAAUUACCAUGGACCUUCAGAAUGCACCGCUACAGGCCAGAAUUCGUACUCCGCUGCACGAAACUGCUAGCAAAGAUCCAGCCGCUUGGUUCCGAGCUGAUCCGGACGUUUGGACUCCCCCGCAUCCGAAUCGGGACCCAGAUGUAUGGGGACCUCCACCAGAUCAUAGUGUUCCUCCAGGUAGAACGCUAGCUUCCCGUAAUCAGACCCGUUCCGGAACAGCACUGAAUCGAAAGGCGGAAGUCAAUCGCAAGAAUGCUGUGACGAAAUCGGCCACAUCGUCGGCCAUUUCCGGUCGCAAAACAAUUUCAAAUACAGGCGGUCGCGCAGUUAAUGGCAAAUCCGGAGGUGGAACCCUCCCGAGAAAUAAGGCCAAAGCUGGAUCAGCGACUACAGCAGCCGAUGCUGGAAGUGACGGCAGCAAAGGCGAAAAAAGUGAUAAAGAGAAGAAUGACGAUGAUAAGGAAGAUCAGGAAGAGCAGGAACCGGAGCGUAAGUUCGAACCUGCCAGCCAUUCCGAUGUGGAUCUAGUCGAUAUGCUCGAACGUGAUAUUCUACAGAAGAAUCCCAACAUCCACUGGGACGACAUUGCCGAUCUGCACGAAGCCAAACGACUGCUGGAGGAGGCAGUGGUUCUUCCGAUGUGGAUGCCCGACUACUUCAAAGGCAUCCGACGACCUUGGAAGGGUGUGCUCAUGGUUGGCCCUCCUGGAACCGGAAAAACCAUGCUGGCAAAGGCCGUUGCCACCGAAUGUGGAACCACCUUCUUCAACGUAUCAUCAUCAACACUGACUUCCAAAUACAGAGGAGAAUCGGAGAAGCUGGUCCGACUACUGUUCGAAAUGGCCCGCUUCUAUGCACCUAGUACCAUAUUUAUCGACGAGAUUGACUCUCUCUGCUCGCGCCGUGGUUCGGAAUCGGAACACGAAGCCUCCCGACGUGUGAAAUCCGAACUGCUAGUACAAAUGGAUGGCGUCUCCAAUGACGAAGCCACCAAAAUCGUGAUGGUCCUAGCGGCCACCAACUUCCCCUGGGACAUCGACGAGGCCCUGCGGCGACGGUUAGAAAAACGAAUCUACAUCCCGCUACCCAACAGAGAAGGUCGCGAGGCACUGCUCAAAAUCAACCUCCGUGAAGUAAAAGUCGACGAAUCCGUUGAACUCCAACAUAUCGCUAGCCGUCUCGAUGGCUAUUCGGGUGCGGACAUCACCAACGUUUGCCGCGACGCCAGUAUGAUGUCGAUGCGAAGAAAAAUUGCUGGCCUCAAACCCGAACAAAUCCGACAACUUGCCAAGGAGGAGCUGGAUCUUCCCGUAUCCAAUCAAGACUUUACCGAGGCAAUUGCCAAGUGCAACAAGAGUGUCUCCAAGGACGAUCUCAUCAAGUACCAACAGUGGAUGAAGGAGUUCGGUUCAUCGUGAUGCUGCUUCUGCAAACAACAGCCGACUGGAAUCGUAUCGUGUGCAAUAGUCAUCUCAUCUCUCUGCUGAUUUUUUUCCCUCCGUCGCCAUGCAGCCAUCAUCGAGUCUCAAACUCGAAUGCUUUCGUUUUAUUCUAUUCGUCGUUUUAGUUUAUUUUUUAUUCCUCCGUUUUUGGAACAGUACUUUUGCCCAAAAUUUGUAUUUAGAGCUACGCGUCGUCGUCUUUAUUUUGAAACUGUAUCCAACAGAGGUCGUUGACUCCAACUACCUUGAACUGCAUGUUUUAUUCGUUUCUAUAUUUUUUUAAUCUAACUUCUUCUUUUACUCCUGGCAAAUGCCGUCAUCAUCAAGCAGAAAAAGUUACAAUAAAUCAUACACAUUAUAAUUUAACAAGCAACAGAAGAUUCAUAGUGAGAAAGUGAGAAAAGAUCAACUUCAAAUCAAUUUAUGAUACGCUUUUUGUCGCUCUACACACUUUAAAUCCGAAGCAUGACUGAAUCACACAACAACAAAAAAGUACCCCGUACGAAGAGUGUACUUUUCAAAUAAAAUAAUUAAAAAAUGAUCCUUUGAGAUAUUUACCUACUAAUUAAGAUGAUAUCCAACCGGAAACGGUUCGAAACAAUCAUCUAUCGCGAAUAUCAAAUGUGUGCGAACGCUGAUGUUUAUUCGGAACACUAACUAAACCAUUAAUCGGUUAGAAAUAUAAAGCUUAUAAGAUUAAGGAUUAAUUUUAUUAAUA